ACCUCACACAUCAUCAUCAUCGUCAUCGUCAUGAACGAGAAGAAGAAAGCGAAGUUACACUGCAUAUAACUCGUGCAUUCAGUCCAACAGCGCAGCACAGUACAACUAUUCACAACAUUCACUGUUACCUAUAGCUGGCUGGCAGCAAAUAAGACCCGAGUCUGCUGGUUUUGGUAUCGUACGGUCCGGUAACCUUAUAAUUACUCGCUUCGUUCCAUCUCAUGGGUUGAAGGGAAAAGGACUAUUCACCAUCAUAUCAUCCAGAAUCAUCACAUCCAGAAUCGUUACAUUCCAAGGUUUACAUUGUGCAGGGCAAUUGAUAGGAUUGAAUACAAAGUCUAGAUCAUUUAGGUGGUUACCGACUCUCAUCCACCAGCAUUACUCCUGAUUCAAUAUCAUCCGACUUACCCACGAAUCUCAUGUUUAUCCGGGACCUUCCUGCCCUCAAGUUCCACAGAAAAUUAUAUCCUGGAAAUAUUCGGAAAGCCUAAAGAAUAUAAAACUUGGGGUUUGUUCCAAAGUGAAUUUGGUAUCAUUCAAGUUCAUACAUUUGUUUUUCUAUGUACUAGUUGAUAUCAAAAGUCGACAAAAUGGUGGAUAGUUUCACUGGAAUCGCUUCAUUACCCAACGAGGUCAGUAUUACUUUUCAUCUGGCUGGGUGGAUUUGCUGACAAUGUCAAAGCUCCUCAUCAAUGCCCUCUCACUCUUCUCUACUCGUCAACUCCUUCCUCUCGCAUGUACCUGCCAUCGUUUCCAUGAUCUCAUAAUCCGAAUCGUACAUCAUCGCCUUAUCGCAGCAGCAUCUUUAAAGAAUCACAAAUUGGUCCUCGAAUGCUUUCAUCCUUCCACGAAACUCAUUACUCCAUACCUCUUCUGCAAUUAUCUUGGCACAGAUGGACUGAGUGAUGACGUAGUCGGAGAGGGAGAACUAUACAAAGAUGUCAAUGAUACCGGUAGAUUAGGCAAGAUGUCUGGUCUAUAUUCGCACUUCCGACCAGUUCAACCUGAAGACAGGAUGGUAUGGACACGAAAUCCAGCAGGCGCAGCUAGACCAGGCCUUUUACCAAAAUCUGAAGAAGAGCUUGUCUCCCACAACGUUGAUCUCGAAUCGCAUGAGCUUUUCUCUCAGCUUUGUACCAUAACCAAUAUUGUCAAAGUUGGCCCGAAACGAGGAUUGUUCUUAAGCUGUGUUAACCUUGGUGAGGGAGUUAUAAGAGUAUUUAGAGACUGGCUGUCUGAUCGAGUUGAGGCGAACGAGAGGCAUGUUGAUACUCCAGAGGAAUGUGAAAAGCGACUUUUGUGGGUAGACUCCGGGAAGCAUAUUGGAUUAAGAUUAAAAGUCAUUAAGCGGGAAGAAGCACCCGCACCAGUUUUGCUUCACCGUGAUGAGGAAGCUCCUGCCUUUUAUAAGCUUCAACAUGAAGGUAUGUCGGAUUCAAAAGGGUUGAAGAUGAGAUUACUAAUGGUUUUUUUUUCUUCCUCAGAAUUGGUUAUAAGAACAACACAGCUUCUUCUCAAUGUCGAAGAAUCAAUGACGAGGGAGGUUGAAAACUCAGGUAAAGCAAUCGUAAUAGGGUCUUGGGAUUAUUAAUCCUCUCUUCCACCUUGGACGACUCUCGAGUGUACCGAUACCUUCGAUCGACUUGCAGAGCGAACCAUAUGUACCUCCAUUAACUUUGUUGAUUUAUAUACUUACGAUCCUGUUUUACUUGCUUUAGGGAUGACAUGUACUUUCGACGGCGUUUAUCAAACCUCUGUUUGUUAUAGCAAGGAUGUAUCGAUGGAUGCGAGUUAUUCGAAUAUGUGGAUUCGAGGGGUUUCCUAAACAAGGAUCUGACAGUUUUGAUUGAUUCAGAUGAGUUUAGUAGACUUGUCUUGUAUAAACUUCAAAUUGCGUGCAUACAACGAUUUCAUCGUUUUUCGCUAUAUAAAUAUAUAUGUGUGUUUUAGAGCCGGCGAAUAAAAUUCUCCUGUGUGGUUUGUUUGUAUAUCG